AUGUCAACAGAAAACCCGGGCUACAACAGGCACGACGACGAAGGUUCUUUUGGCUUCCCUGGGUGGGACAGCUUUGCCGAGCAGGAAGACGGCGCUCCGUUCACUCGAGGACUACACUUGGAUGAAGUGAUGCAGGGUCCCGCCGCUCGCCACGGGAACAAGGAUGCAGGCGACGAAGAGGAACAUAUGGCGAUGAGGCAGGGCAGAAAAGCGCAGCCUGGGACUGAACAGUACUCGCAAGAUAGCAAUGACACGCCGGGCCCGGGGACUUAUACGGGUCUCGAGGAGACGUGGACGAGUGAGUCCUUGGCGGAGUUGAAGAAGGGAGGGAGGAAGAUGCCUUUAUAA